AUGAAUACCACACCGCAGCAGGUCCUCAACAUUGAGGAUGCACUGGUGUCGGAGGCCAACCCCGCGCGCCGCAAUGGCCCUCUCGACUACGAGCGCUGUGCAAGGCUACACAACUACCUGGUUGCGUAUGGAUGGAUGGCCCGCCACGGACAAGAGACACCCAAUCUCGACGAGUUAGCUAAUAAGGACAGCUAUCUAGACGACCUAGAACGAUUUGUUGUUAUUUAUGGUACUGUGCUUGAGUUGGGCUCGCAUUGUGUCGGCGUCGUCUAUGACCAGCACCUGCACCGCGCUGCUUUCCCAAUGACCGUUGAAAAUAUGGAUAGCGUGGAGCCGAUCGACGAGCAUUAG